AUGAAUGAAUGGAAUUUGUCUCAUUCUCAUCAUCGUGUGGAGGAAACACACAUGAGUUCCGAUCAUGAUAUUUCUCAACCUCGUAGGGCAAUGACGAAAAGUUUGGAAUUUUCUCACAACUCUUCGACAAAUAACAAUGAGAAUAAUUACAUGUCUGAUAAUAAUAAUAACAACCCAAAUGAUGGUGGCAAUAUAGAUGAAGAUGAAACUGGCCGAGUCAUUGAGAGGAGUAGCACAUAUUAUUCAAAAAUCUUUUCUUGGAUUUAUAUCUAUUUUGGAAAAUUUAGCAAGUCGCCUCCUGAUUUGAAAGCUUGGAUUUUGAGAGCUGCCAAGCUGUUUGCUGUAUUUUUGUUUUCUCAAUUAAUAUCAGCCUUAUUGACAAGUACAGGAAUUUUUAGCACAUUUUUAACAGAUCGAGUUCAUGUGAAUUUACCAACUUUACAAAAUGCCCUAUCUUAUUUGACAUUAUUAAUUUUUUACAUGCCUCUUUUAUUGGUGCACAAAGUAUGUUAUCCCAGUGUGACAAGAAAGGAAAAGAAAUAUCGAAAAAUGAGAAGGAAAUCUUUUCUUCAUACAAGCCGUGAAAAUUCUAAAGAACUAAUGACAUCGAAUGGCCAUGUGACACUCCAUGAAUCUUCGCCGAAUGCAAAUAUUUUGAAUGAAAAUAUCCCACAUAAUUCGCCUUCUGAAAUGUCACAAAAGAAGCUCACCGAGCAAAGUCGAUUACUCUCUCCCGCAUCAUCCUUCUCACAAUUAGAUUCCAUGAAUUCUUCAAUCCAACAAAACCAUGUACCUUCUUCUUCAAGUGCCUACCUCGAAAUGGAACACUCAGAAUUGCAACCAUCAUUUUCACAAAUUAUUCCAUCCGAUUUGAAUCCAACGAGUACCACUACGACUUCUCAUGGAUCCAUCACUCGACAGCAAGUCCAUAACAUCUCUCACAAAGCUUCUCCACCUUUAAAAGUCUCUCUUCUCGAAGAACACCCAAUUCAAUGCAAAGACAAUGAAGAAGAUGAAUUUCAUCAAUGUCUUUUCAAAUAUGUCAAAAGAUGUCUCACUUUCAGACGAUGGAAUAUGAAACCAUGGAAAUACUUUUUCUUUGCUUUGGCCGAUGUGGAAGCCAAUUUUUUCGUAGUCAAAGCAUAUCAAUACACAACCAUCACUUCAGUCAUGUUAUUGGAUUGUUUCACAAUUCCAUGUGUCAUGAUAUUGAGUGCUCUAUUUUUGAAUCGAAGUUAUCGAUGGACUCACAUUGUGGGAGUACUGAUUUGUUUGGGAGGAUUGGCGUUACUUGUGUUGAGUGAUUAUUUGAAUCAUGUUCAACAAGGUGAGAAGAAUGAUCGACCUUGGUAUUACGUACUAAUUGGAGAUGCCUUUUGUAUUAUUGGCUCAGCUUGUUACGCGAUUAGUAAUGUGGCGCAGGAAUAUGCUGUGAAAACUGAGGAACAUUUUACUGAGCUUGUGCAGAAAGAGGAUGAGGAGGAACAUUUGGAGGAAACAAGUUCAUCGUCAUUGACACAACAGCCACUUAUGGAAUCAACAAUUUCAACAGUCAUUCAUCAGCAUGAAAAUUCAACAAUGAAUGAUGCUGAACCACAGCAGGAGCUGCAACAACGACAUCAUGUGAACAAAAUGACAAUCAUUCCAUCUCAUGAUCAAGAGAAUGUGAACCAAAAUCAAACUUCCAAGAAACCAUCAAAUGUGAAAAAAAUCAAACUCACUGAAAAUGAUUGUGUGAUUGAAUAUUUAGCCAUGAUGGGCCUUUUUGGAACCUUAAUUGCAACCAUUCAGUUAUUGGUAUUUGAAUUGCAAGACAUUCGGAAUACAGAGUGGAAUUCAAGAUCAAUAUUCUUUAUGGGAGGUUUUGCUGCCUCCAUGUUUUUGAUUUACACACUUGUUCCACACUUGUUGAGAUGGAGCAGUGCUACAUUUAUGAAUUUGUCGUUCCUAACAAGUGAUAUAUUUGCAGUUAUUUCAAGCAUUUUCCUAUUUGGACAGUCCAUUAACUUCCUUUACUAUAUUGCCUAUGUCAUUAUUGCUCUAGGUUUAGUCUUUUACAAUAUCUUACAGGAAGGUGAACGAAAAACGAAAAGUCUUACAAGUAGAUUGAAAGCUCUAUUUUUGAAAUUUCUAGCAAAGAUGAGACGAUGA